GCGGAUAAUCCGGGAUCCGUUAGGCGUAUGUCGACUGCGCCGGAGAUGCCAAACAACGCCAAUGAGUACAGAAACAAGUGGUUAUCCAUCAAAGAGAGCGAUGAGAUUAUAUGCCGUGUCUUCUGUGCGGAUCACACCUAUACCACACUUAAGAUCACUGUCGAGACGAAGGCCGACGCCAUCAAAGUACAGGCCGCUGAAAAACUCGGUAUGGAUAAAGUGAACGAAUUGGUCUUGGUCGAACUCAAAUCUAAC